CGAGUAUCGCAUCGAAACUUUCUCGAGACGAGUUCGAGAGUAAUUCUCUCCACAACUGAUGCUUUGUCAAACAUCUGUCACCUCUUUCACUCCUCUAACUGAAUAAAAAUUGAACCGGAUUGAAUGACUGAGAAAUAGGAAAGAAGGGCGUCGAACAGUUAUUCCGACUAAUUACUGAUUUUGUUUUGAAACAAAAUAUCGGAACCAUAAGAUAGAUCGGCUUGAUCCAACAUGGAAGGCAACAACUCAUUUGAUGUGGAGGAAUUUGAAAGMGAUCAUGGAAUCUUGGACUCGACAGCAUGGUCAAAGGUAAAAGUGGCUUCCAGAUCUAAAGAAACAAAGAUGUAUGGACGAAGCCGAUUCCGUGACCCCUCUCUGUCUUACUUCGAUAGCGAUCUGAGAAAUCCUCUAGCCGAGGACGAAGAUGAAGACACAGACGUAGAAGACCAGCAAUCGAAUUCGAUGAGUCCUGUUGACUACUCAAGUUUCGGUCGAGGCUACAGCAUCACGACACCGCCAACUCGGAGGACAAAAAAGUUUGUCAGAGCAAAGUCAACAUCGGAUGCAUCGCCUCCAAUCUCAAGGCCAAGGCGAUUGACGCAGAUGAUCAGGUCGCAGUCUGUAUCAACCUUCAAUCCACAACGAAGCAUUUCUGCCGCUUGUCGGUCAUUUUCGAUGGGACAAACUGACUAUGAAAACUCCAACCCAAAUUUGAGCACCCUACCUAGUGAUGACGAAGAUUACACGUCUCCAAAGCGAUUAGCGGACACCGAUGCUACACAAAAAGGUCGUAAAAAAUCCAAAUCGGCAAAACAUUCAUUCCWACGCAAUAAUGACUUCACUUCGCUCUACAAUGACAAUUAUGAAACCAAAUUUCCCUCAUUUGCAUCCGAUUCUUUUUCGAACUUGGCUCGUAACCAUAUCGAAUGUCGGCCAGGUUGGGGAAGGGUUUCUAAUGGGAACCUAUCUAGCAAUCGUAAUCACGGCAAAGACGGCAAAGUUCGCAGGCGAUCAUCCAGUAGUGACUUUAUCUCCCCUAGAUCUUUUUUGUACAACGACGAGACAAUGGAAAGUGCGGACUCGAUAUCUUCGCCAAGUAUGAGCAUGAGCUCUUCAACAAGAAAGCGAGGGGUUUGCAAAUCGCGAUUUUUAACGGAUGACUCCCCUGUUUCUCGAUCACGAUCAAGGAUUUCAUCGCCACCGCCGUCAUCUGUCAUUGGCUCUGCAUCGAAGUUGAUGGAUCUCUCUUUCCAUUCGAUUAAAAACACUGCAAAGUCCGAUAGAAUGAUGUUAGAAUUAAAUGUUACGAUGAGCGAUGAUGAUGUUAAUGUUUCUGGAGAAUCAGAUAUUUCAGUGGAUAGCGACGACGAUGUGAUGGUUAUGGAUAAUCUGAAUUCCCAAAUAAGAGAAGGUCCUUUGUCUACCAAGAGUGGUCGACUUUUUAAUUUUGAAAAAGCUUCUGUCGACGACGUCACGAAAUACAUGCCGUCAUACGAAGAUAUUGAGUUCCUAAUGAAUUCCCUUCAACAAAAUUUCAGAGGACAGGGUGGGUGUCUCAGCUGGAAUGUUGCGCCACCUGUAGACUGGCCUGCGAAACGCCGCGAUUCCUUUUUUCAGGCAACUCGUAAACUUGGGUUUACGUUCCGAGCAGGCGGUGGGAAAGUUUCGUACAUUCAGAUAUCGAAAAAAAGAGGACGUGGUCUGCUGUCGUUACUUGAGACAAGUUUAGCAAAUUAUGGCGAAAGAGAAGUAGGGAAAAGCACACCCACUGCCGAAGGAAUCAAUACCUCUAUGAAUUUUACCUUUCUCUCAACAGUAAAGAAGAAACUGAAGUCAGCAACRAGAGUCUCAAAAAUUCUAAGAUUGACACCGAAAGAGUAAGUGCUUCGUCCAUAAUUUGUUCCGAGAUGUUUUUUAAUGCCUUGCGCUUUCUCUCAUUUCUUAACUUUACUUCAUGUACAAUUUAGGUUGGCGCUCAACUCUCGGUUCGAGAAAUUCAAGGACACCACGGACGAGUUGACGCAAUUCAUGAGCAAAUUAGAUAUGAACGACGAGUCUCAAGCAAUAGAGAAUGACAACAAUGAUAAGGAGUGCCUUUUCGAUAUGAGCAAUGGCCAUUCUCGAACUGGUGUGCCAAGAAAAUCUCUAGACCAUCAUUCAAGUUCCUCGGAUUUGAAUGCUCAAAUGCAUGGAGCAACUCCUGUCCCACACAGAGGGAGGGGACGACCUCCUCGGUUGUCUUUGCAGAGUGCUUCAUCUGCUAGUAUGGAUACGCAAUCUCCAUUUGUAACGAACUCUCAUUUGUCGAAGCCCGCUCACAUCGAUACUCACGUCAGCUGUGGAAUGAAUGCCAAUGACUUUGUCUCGACGUAAGUGUUUCCUGUCCGUUCGCAAUUCUCGAUUCAACCACUAUUUCCGAUUCAAACUCUAACUUGUUAUUGUUACAUAUAGACCAUCGGUUGGACGUCAGGGCGAUUGGGGAUCUCGCCCUUUUAAUGACCGUGACUGGGGGACUUCAGAGCAAUGUGAGGCAGURAUUAUUAAGAAACUCUUUGAUCGCUUCAAGRAGCUUCAGAAAAAUGCUGGGCUCGAUGUGGGGGAGGAUCAAAUUUUGUCAUGCAAUGAUGUUGAAUCAUCGUUCCUUGACUUCGGUGCUGUUAGUCAAUUUAGUGACGAUCUUGUGAGUCCAAUCUCAUCAUCAGCCAUUGAUGCUGGAAUCACUGAGCAAGCUAUAUCCUGCGAGGUAUCUCUGCUCGAUAACCAUGCUUCGGAACGGGUGAACGAACCAUUUCCGAGCCGUGUACUCAGGCGUCGGCAAACAGCAUUUGCGAAGCACCGGCGUAUGUCUUUGUAUGCCUCCGCGAUGAAUCCUGCUGAUACCUUUGCAAAGCGCAGAAAAUCCCUUUUCGUCCAACAGGCCAGUGCGCUACCUGCUACAACCAAAAACUUACUUUUGGAUAGCGCCCCAGAAUUUUUUUCGCAGUACACUUCUGAUACAAAUGAAUCUUCUUUUGAAAAAGUCGGCGCUCAUGAAGAAUCACCUUUGGAAAAUCAGCAAGUCCUACGCACGAUUUUUGAUUUCUUGGAAGAAAGGGAGCUGUUUCUGAUUGCAAGUUUAGUGUCUACAAAAUGGUCUGAUGUAGCAACUGAAUCGCAUGCGAACCUUGUACUAUCAAGUGUCGCCAAAUGUAAGGAGGAAAAGCUAGAAGAAAAUGAAAAUACAAGAGGUUCGCAGCGUUCGUGGGAGUACUUGACGACAACAUUUCCGUGGGCCUGCUUCCUCUCGGAAGGUGCUUUCAAACGUGUCUAUAAAGUGUUCAACAAGACUUGCGAAAUUGAAGAGGCAGUAUCCGUGAUGUAAGUGGAAUCUCUUUUGUUGACGAACAAAUUGUUCGUAUUCAAUAAAUUUCUWAUAUUUUUAAUUUAAUUCCACAGGAAUGUGCAACAAAUUCAUUCCACAGGAAACAUUAAUGUGGUUGGGGCUGAAUUGGCAGUCUCUGUAAUGUUAAGCUCACUGGUYCGUCGCGGAAUUUGUCCAAACUUCAUUGUCACGAGGGGAAUGUUUUCGUGCCAAUACGAGCCGCCUGAAAGUCACUGGGGUACUGCAGGUAACAAAAUGCCGAAGGGGAAAUUUUAUUCUUCGUCAAGAAUAAAGAGACGGCCGAGGGAACCAAAAAAGAGUGGCCGUUUUCAAUAUAUUCGAAUGGAGCUAUGUGAUGAAGGUGAUGCGGAAGAAUUCUUAAAACGACAACCUGAUGAAGUGUUAACCCCACAUCAAGCAAGGAACUUCCUCUUUCAAAUUUCCUUCGCUCUGUAUGCAGCAGCCGAGAAGUUCAGUCUGAAACACUAUGAUGUGAAAUUGCUCAAUGUCUUCUUGCAGCGAAUGCCUAAACAAAGUGAAGGCAAUAUCGUUCUUCGAUAUGGAUUGGGAGAGCAUACUUUUGUUCUGCAGUCGUCACGAGAUGAUGCUAUCAUCGCAAAGCUUGCAGAUUACGGCACUGCCAAUGUUGACUGCGUCUCAAAUGGUCAAAAAGUGACAAUUGCUCAAUUUACCACACUUGAGAACACACCUCCCGACUUCUUAAUAUUAGGAGACGAAGCACUCCAAGGCCAUGGACAUGAUUGUUUUGGCCUAGGUCUAUGCAUGCUUCAUUUAUUUACUGGUCACGCUCCGUAUGAAGAAAUUUUGGAGGGAGUUACUUGUCCGUCUCGUUUGAAAAAGGAGUUGCGAAGAAUAUGGGAGAACGAGGAAGAAACGCAGUUUUCGGUUAUCAGGAGUAUUGUUUUGGCCGAUGUCUACAAAGAUGAAGAUGGCCAUGUCAUAGAGGGAGAUCCUGAUGACACUCUUUAUGAUACACUCUACAAAUUUCUCGUUCUAUUUGGCAUUCCUGAUGAUUCCUCUGGAUUCCUUGGUUCGAAGGUGAUGGCAGCUGUUAAGGCUACUCUAGUGUCAGAUAGUAGACAGAAGAAAGUUAGAACCCGCAACAAAAUAGUACCAUGUGACGCCAAUGAAUUUGCAAGGGACCGUCGGAAGUUCUCUCUUUCACAUGGGAACAACCAAUACAUAUCACGUGCUCGUACAUCAUUGUCGGUAAGUUCUUUUCCACGUUCUUGAAUUUUGCACCAUCAAAAUAUGAAGCAGAAAAUACUCACCCCCAAUGAUCGAAUUUGAUAAUUUUAGGCACUUGAUGGCGGAAUGGAGUUACUUCUUUCUCUGGUUCAAUUCAAUCCUCAGGUGAGGGCAAGUGCGCUUGAUGUACUGAACUCGUCUUUUAUGGCACCACUUCGAGAGACUUCGAACGAAAAUCAAGGCUAUGAUGAUGGGAAUGACGAAGUUUUGUCAUUUACUGCUUUUUCAACUCAGAAAAAUUAAUGAUUACUAGUAUUAGAUUCGUAUUCUGUCAUCGUUGUCACUAUUUUAUGGACACGAUAAUACAAGUUUUGUGCGCGUAUGACAAAAAUGACUAUUUAUCAGUUACUAUGCACAUGAACUAAGCUUUUUGGAAUGCGUAUCUUCUCCACGCCGUCUGGAGCGGCAUGGCCGUUAUCAUCGUUUAGUACCCGGGCAACCAAGUCAUUGGACAUUGUUGAAAAUAGGAUUAAGAAUCGCAACAAAAUCACGACAUUUGAAGACAUCCUGGACAGUUGUGCAGAGCAUCGUGUAAAUAACUAUCGCAGUCAACGCAAAAUGAGUUUAGACACUCAGGACACCUGAACCGCAAUAUCUCCUUUCCCUCGUCUUCACCCCCGCUUGCCCUGUUGGAUCGUGACGGAACACCGAUAAGUCGAAGACAUGCGAAACAACUGGUAGCUUCUUCGGCUGUAGACAGGCGCAAUUUUGAAUCCA